AGGUACUGUAGCGACCGACCUGACCCUGCUGACCCCUGGACCUGCCUGCCUGCCUUCACUAGCCUGCCUGCCUGCCUGCCUUGGAGCCCAUGCCUGCUGACUCAUCUCGGUCCACAUCCGCCGUCCUUAUCACCGCCAUAUUUAAACCACCAAACCUCGUCUUUGCAUCAUCACCACCAAAACAGCACACUCGUCGCAGGACUUCGGGCAUACCAGACAAUAUGGCAUCUGGUCCGCAGAACUUCUACGAGCUGUACCGUCGAAGCAGCGUAGGCACUGCUUUGACGGACACUCUUGAUGACCUGAUUCAAGAGCACCGUAUCGAUCCCCAGCUUGCCAUGAAGAUCCUGGCCAACUUCGACCGCGCUAUCACCGAGGUCUUGCAGGAGAAGGUCCGCUCGCGAUUGACUUUCAAGGGUUCCUUGGACACUUACCGAUUCUGCGACGAAGUUUGGACCUUCCAGCUGAAGAACGUCACCUUCAAGAUGGACAACGGUCAGAACAACGUUGUUGCCGACAAGGUCAAGAUCGUGUCCUGCACCGCCAAGCCCCAAGGUACCUAGUCAACUGAGUAAUGCCAUGAAGGCAUUGGGCGGAAGGAUUGUCACGCAGGAGAGAACACAAUAUCGUUGUGCACAUUGGCAGUUGAUUUACAUUCGCGGCGUUAGGUCAGGUCAGGGAAACGGGUCAGGGUGAUAUGUUUAGAAUGAGCCAACGCGCAUAUUACUCGCGGCCAUAUGAAUGAAUUGAUUUGGUCUUUUGAG